AGAGCGCAUGUAAUCAUUAGAGCUGCGGAUGAAGCCUCUCUACUGACCCUCCCGCAACUCUGGCUCCACUGACAAUGCGGCCAGUGCUCAUCCUCUUCCUGAAGCGCUGGGCCCUGUGGAUCAAAGCACUUUCAGGUCGCGUGCUGCUGAAAGUCUUGGGGUGGCUGAGACCAUUGCUUCAAGGUUUCGGCAAUGGGCGCCGCGGAAAUGGGGAAAGCAAAAGGAGGCAUGAAAGUGAUCCCACUGACUCACCCAGGGCGCAUGACUAUGAAGGGGAUACGCCAUUGUACGAGCAAAACGUAGAGCUCGCUCAACUUGAGUUUACCGACGCCCAAUUGGAACAAGCGCGUUCAUUGCAGGUCUGUCCAAGCGGGUACGCUUCGUGCAGCGCUGUGCCUCCCAACUUGCCUUCAUCGCCUCGUGAUUCAUCUGCGCCUAUGGCUUCUUUGUCGGACAAGGACCAUGUCACGUCUUCCGGUACUCUAGCCGACAUGCCACUGGACGAUUCGCAUGCUCAGAAGGAGACGUUGCCACCGCAUAUUGGGCUCGUACGCACGAAGCCUGAAUUCGUGACCGCUAUAAGCACAUCCAGGAUCGCGCGAUACAACCGCGGAGACAAGAUACGUCCAAGGACCGAGGCCUACGACUUCAGAAUACCAGUAAAUAAGCCACAAGGCGUACAAGCGGCCACGGAUGCCAUACCUGGAGGAUGGAAGGCGUACGUUCAUCCGGAGGGUGCUCUGUACUUCUUUCAUGCAGAUCAGAGAAUUUUCACAGAAGCAGACGUUCGCGACUCCGACAUUCGCUCGUUCAUUGAUUCCUGUGUAUGUGAGAUCAAGUCCGUGCUAGAAGUAAGCGGCUUGGAACGCAUCCCGGGCAGUGAAUUGGCACUUGAAGUCCUGGAAGAACCUGACGCAGAUGGGAACGUGCACAGGACGUGCGGAUACUAUUUCGUCGACGUCUCUCUCAGAUCCUUGUUCUGGCUGGAGGAGUACGACGCGGCCUCCAUGCUGGUGGAAAUCGAAGGCGAAACUUCCGAGGACCAUAUCCGUUCGGAGCUGGAAGCGCGCUUUUGGAGCCACUGUGAAUUCUUUCCUGAGCCCCGGGACGUUCCGGACGAAUAUGUCAAGGAAUUGAUGGCUAUCUUGGUUCAUGCUAGCAUAGAUGGAAUCACUUCUUCUGCGUCCACAUACCCCUACAAUUACGAAGAUACGCUCAAAAUGAUGGACGUGAUUGAACGCCUUGGAUUUGCGGGUGUCGUCAAAGGUUACUCGGCAUGCGUCGUCAGCAGGCUCAUGGCAGUGUUCGCACAUGCCAGAUUUUUGGAUUAUCACGGGCAGCGCGGCGCACGCCUAGCACGAAACCAGAGCAUCUAUGACUAUGAAACUACAGUGGAGCACUCUCGAUCGUUUGUCCUGCUUUCCUACGUUCUCCUCUACACCCCCACUAGGUAUCUAUACAUGCUGGAGAAGAUGUGGGUCGACAAGGUCGUGAGCUUGUCCUCCUGGACUCGUUUCAACGAGCAGCUGCAGCAGGAAUGGAGUAACCUCUUAUUGACGAGCACAGUAAUGUUAACGGUGGAUAUCUCGUUCUUGGCUAUCCAGAGCGUGGACGUCGGCUCUGCAGAUGCCCCUCUACGGUGUGCAGCGCAGCUCGUGAUUUACAUAUCCACGCUCGCGAGUGCGGGAAGUAUCAUCCUUAGCCUGCUACUUCUGCGACAAGUGAUCGUUUCACGAGGGGAGAGCGAGAUGGAGGAACAAUACGUGUAUCAGCUUCUCUCAUCGCACUCUGGCCUGGAGACGCUUUCGAUUAUGUACAGCGUCCCUUUCGGUCUUCUACUCUGGUCCAUGGCAUCGUUCCUCCUUGCUUUCGCAUUUCUGUGCUUCUCCUUUGAUUCGACCUUCGCCGGGAACAGUUUGGCCGUGCGACUGCCCAUUGCAGCGAUGUGGAUUCUUGUCUUAUCGCCGCUCAUCUGGUAUUUCUUUGCGAUGGGAACGCUAGCAGAGGCAUGGCAGUGGCCUUGGGGCCUGAUCAAGAACGCCCUGAGUGGCUUGCGGAAAGAGAGGCUCCUCGCGCGCCGUACGGACGUAAAUACUCGAGGCCCGGACGUGUAG